AUGGGGCAGGUGGUCUUCUUCGCCCUGUGCCUCUUGGGCUGCUUCGUCUUUGGACUGAGUGACACUCCAGGGGAAGAUGCCGGUGACGAAGACGUGGCCGCCAGGUAUUACUGUCCUCCUGGGGCGAUUUAUAUCAGAGGAAAUUGCUAUGAGUUCUUUAGAAAUUCGAUAUCAUGGGACUUAGCAGAGGCUCAAUGUCAAAACCUGAGACAUAGAAGUCACCUGGCUUCCUUUUCCAGCAUGAGGGAGGAAAAAUUAGUUUCUGCUUACAUCAAACGCUUCAGCACUACAAACUAUGUCUGGAUUGGUCUUAACGCCAUGCCGAAUGUCAACAAACUAAUGUGGGAAUGGAGCGAUCGUUCCCCCUACAUCUCUGGGUCGCCUCUCUGGGACAACCGGAGCCCCAGCACCACCAUCUCUUCCUCGGAAUGCCUGUUGCUUACCAACGUCCAGUCUCCAUCAUCUUCGACUAGAUGGAUGCAGCAGAGCUGUUACUCCUCCUACCCAUACGUGUGCAAGUACACGGCCUUUAAUUAG